AGGACCACACGAGGAAGACCCCGAAGCCCCUUUUCAUUUUAUUUUCUUACGAUUCUGUAUGUAAAUCUGGAUCCGGUUGGAAGUUGAUGAUUGUGAACAUGUUUUUGAUGAAAUUUAAAACAACUUUGCGUCGUUCGGCGAGCGCAGCGAAAAACCCCUGACAAAGAGGACGAGGACAAGGACCCCGGGUACCGACACCGCCUCAACGCAGCGUUUUUCGGAGUAAGUAGGGCUGGUGUACUGAUCCGAAAGGGUUACGAGGGCUCUCUUACCGAGGCGGAGCAGCGGGCAUCAUAAGUAUUGGCUUUGUUCCAUCCCCCGCAUCUAUAGGAAGUAGACUAGCAAGAAAAUGCUGCCUGGACAGAAGCCACUGUCGAGCCGGAACUGGCACAUUUUGAAGGCGGCCGGGCAUCAACUCCACCAGGAUAUGCUGAAAAAGAAGGGACUGGUAAACGGUCAAGGCGGGUCGACGUGGGACGACCCAAGCUUUUUGCCUAACACGAAAGACAAGGCCCGCAACGUGUUCCGGGCCCUGAAGAAGCUCCUGCUCUACUGCAUAUACCCCCUGGUGAUUCACACGCUUGCGUGGACGGCGUUGGUUUUCUACUUUGCCCCCUGGAACGGGGGGUUUUGGUACGCUCUUGGCGGUUGCCUGCUCGCGUUCCUCAUCCCGGUCCUUGGGCUAGUGUUGCCGAUCUACCUGAUGCGCCGGAAGACGAAGCAGACGAGGGUAGACACCGGGUUUGUCGACUACGGGUGGGCGUCCCACGCGGCGGAGCAUCUGCGCUCGCGCAUGAAUUCCCUGCGAAUUCUGCUAAGCGUCGCGGCCAUGGUCCUGUUUCUGGGCUGCGUUUCCCAGGGACUCACCGUACUGUACUUCUUGACCAUAUGGAAGCGUCAGGUUUGAAAUCGACAAAGUUGAAAUGAUUUGUCAUGCAUAAAAUGGAUACCAGUUGGAAGCCCAAUUUCCAAGCGGCGCAUGACAAAUUUGCGGAGCACCGGAAUCCACUUUGUCAUGCUGUUUGGGCACAGAAGACUGUUUUUGUCAUGCUCCUUUAGCAGCUCUAUCCCAAACCCUAAAUAGGCUCUUAAUCUGCCUCGCUUGCUAUCCCUGCAAGAGAGGGACUCCUUGUCUUGCAAUUUAUGCAUGAGAAAUCAUUUCAACUUUGACGAUUUCGAUCCUGACACUCCCAUAGACCAACAGCACUAACCGCAACGUGCUGGGACUCGAAUCCAGCACCGAGCACCCCGCCGCGCAGAGCCGGCCCGGCUGCAAGUACGAUCCGGCGGACUGCACGGCGUCCCUCCCCGAAGGCAGCACACCCUCCCUGGGGCCCGCACCCGCGAACGAAGAUAGCUGGCGGGGCAGCGCGCAGCAAAGCGACCUCCCUCCGGGUUCCACGCUCAACCGUGGGCGGAACAUCGAAGCGCUCGACGCGCCGGAAAGCGCGGACCUGCUGACCGACCGCGCGAAGUACCAGGGCAGCGCCAACGUCCAGUUUCUGCCUCCCGCGCUGCUCUACAUUUGCACCUUGAACGACCGUAACACUCCGCUCUUCUCGCACUCGCGGCUGACCAUCCCCACGAUUUACACGAAUUGCGACAAGACCUCCUCAGCCGCGGUGCAGCCGACCUGGUGGAAUGGUAUCCCCCGGAAAUAAGUUGGUCGUGGAAUAUUUACACAUAAGCAUAUACAAUGUGCAUCGAUCAUAGGAAUAAGUGUGCCGCAAGAAACUUGAUGGAACUAGAAGCGGAGAAAUUGAAGCAAAAGUAUCGCACGAGCAAGCGCACACCAGAAUGCUACUCGAUGCAAGGCAAGAACGUUGAUUGUUUUGUCGCAGAUGAAUUAUUUUCAAAUUUCAUUCUCUUUUCCGCGAAAUAAAUGUGUACAUACGUGUAUGUCUACCGCGCACCAGCUUUUCUGGGGGAUACGCAAGUGGGUGCACUACGACCGGCUCCAGUUGUGGGGGGUGAACGAGCGGGAUGAGACGUACGGGGUUUGUCGCCACGACACGUCCACGACCGCGCAGCGCAGCUUCACGAACGUGUUUUACCGGCCCGAAAGCGUGGUUCCGGCGGUGUCCGCCUCCUUGGACUUCGCGGCGCAGGAGCGGUCCGCCGCGUUCGCGACGCCCGAGAUCGGGGUGCACACGGGCGGGUGGACGCUCGGCGUGUUUCCCAGCAACUGGCACAAGGGCGAGUGGCCGGACACCAGCGACCCAUACAUCCGGCACGAGGUUCGCACGCAGACCGACGGCGUCUCCGUGCAGCGCGCGCAGGAGGUCUGGAACACCGUCGAAGCGUCCAACGCCAACACUGCGUGGACCAACACCCCCAACGGGGGGAUGGGCACCGAGCCCUGGUGGCGCAUCGAGGCUUAUGUGGGGCUGAAGCCGCAGAUGGCGGGCGGGUUCUUCGGCGCGGGCAGCGAGUGGGUGCUCUCCGAGAAGCUGUUCGCCACGCAACUGGCCAUCUUUGACUCGGUGACCACCCCGGCCCCGCACGCGUCGCGGCUCACGCUGCUGGACUACGUGACCCUGAACAACUGGGGGGUGCAGUGGCACUACGACGAGGUGCACACCGACGAGCAGACCGCUUUCCGCAAGGCCUGUGUGGUCGUGGACACCGACACCGAGGUGCUGCUGGGACCGGUCACGGACGCGGACAGGGACGACGGCUACGACUACGGUUACGCCCUCAAGAUGGCCAACUGCGGGGACAUGUGGGGCUUCGGUGUGUUCACCAACGACCAGUUCUACUACGACACCGAGACCAACGAGAUCGCGUGGUGGCGCCCGUGGUUCUUCGACUCCAGCUACCGGCUCGCGUUUUUACCCUACGUCACAGGCUCGGGGGAAUCGCGGACCACGGAGGGCAGGACGGACUUUCGCGUCGGCGUGGUCCACCAAUCUUGGAGUGCGUACAACAACCACGCGCUCAAGUUUCGCGGGCAGGUAUACGACCACGGGACGGACGGCUGGGCCUGUCUGCUGGUUCUCACGUCCCUUUUGGCGCUCGGCUCCUCGCUCUACGCCUUUUACAUAGCCAUCCACGCCAUUCGAGAUUUGGGCAGAAUCAACGUCACUAUGCACACCGAGAUGAUGGCCAUGGGCUAUUAGAAGUGAAUGGGAGAAGAAGUUUGUUUCAAGUUGUCUAGGAAUUAUGGAUACGUGAUAUGCUGCACACCCCUUUUUACCCCUGAUUAGUUUAUGUUGAACUAUGCGCUGGUUCUUAUUCGACAUUCCAUUGCCCCAGGUGCUCUAGAGGUCAAAGCAUCGGCCCAAUUAGAUCUUCUACAAGUACAAUAGAAAAUGUAUGAAGGCAUUCGCUCCAUUCAUCCGAAAUCUUGCAAAAAGAAAAAAACUCGUACAUUAGAAGUACCCACCCCUGCUAAUAAAAAAUUCUG